AGAAAUGUGAUGUAUGGAUAGAAACCCCUCUCCAUCUCCUUCUCCACUUUAUAGAAACACAGUACAGUAUCUACUACUCCACCCACCCACCCCUUCCGCCUACCCAAAUCUCCUAUGCGUAGAUCAUUUUAGUAUCUCUUCAUCUCUGCAAAUCCAAACACCUCCGAUCCGCCCUUCAUCCAAGGGGAUCACUUUACUGUCCAAAACCCUAUGGCAUAGCUUUAAAAGGUUCACACAGAAAUGCAAUAACCAUCAAAAGGACAGUAACAAGUUCUAUAGAUGCUAAACUUCACAUGUGAUGGAAAGUGGGAAUUUAUGUCAGAGCAGUGAUGUGAUUAGGGGAAGCAGUGCACCUAUCACAAGUGAAGAAUCAAGUAAUUCUGUAUCAUGUCAUAAUCUGGAGAAGGAGGCAAACCUGGCAACUUGUAGAGUGUGCCAAUGUACUGAAUCUGACAAAAGGGGAGAUGCUGCACUGGAAUUCCUAGGUAUUACUCCUCCAUCAAGUGACACACAGGAUAGAAAUUGGGAGGUUAAGCCCAAUCAAAACAAAGAAACAAAAGAUGUUGAAAAUGAUUGCAGUGCUAGAAUUGAACCUAAAGGAUCUAAGUUUGUUGAAUUCAUUAGUCCCGAUGGGGAAGUUUUUGUCUGUAAUGCUGAUAUUGAAAUGGGUUUUGAUCAUAACCAGGACAGUUUAGUUGAACUUGGCUGUGCCUGCAAAAAUGAUCUUGCUCUUGUACACUAUGCAUGUGCACUCAAGUGGUUUGUCAACCAUGGAUCCACCUCCUGUGAGAUAUGUGGAUGUGUAGCUAGUCAUAUAAGAAUUGUAGACUUCAAGAAAGUUAUGAGUUCUUUGAAAGAGUAUAAUGUGCUAAGAGAAAGGACUGUUAGUGGGGAGCCUAUUCCGUCACAGAUGCAGGAAAACGCUAGUGUUGAUCCUGAUGCUAUUGCAGCUAUUCGAAGGCAGAGAUUGAGUGAAAUUUCAUUGUGGUUCAAUCCCCAUAAUAACUUCACAGCUGUUUCACAUGUUAUUGAACAACCUUCUACUUCUAAUAUGGUUGAAGAUGAAGUCCCCCCAACUGAAAAUAGUGCAACCAAAUGGGCCGUGGAAGGUACUGGGAUCCUCCUUGCUACAGGGCUGCUUACUGUUACUCUUGCUUGGCUCAUUGCUCCCCAUGUUGGAAAGAAAACUGCAAAAAAUGGGCUGCAUAUUCUUCUGGGAGGCGUAUGUGCAUUAACAAUUGUAGUCUUCUUUCGCUUUUUUGUGUUAACAAGAAUCAAGUAUGGACCUGCACGGUACUGGGCGAUCUUGUUCGUCUUCUGGUUUCUUGUAUUUGGCAUAUGGGCUUCAAGAACACAUGCUCAUUCAACAUGAAUAUGAUACUGCCUUCCUCCAUUGCAAAUAUGUUCUGCUUCUUUGGUUGUGAGUUGAUUCAGGUGUUAUUGUAAGAAAAAUAUAAAUAAAAAUCAUAUGUUAGUAUAGCAUUAUAGUUUAUUCUUUUUGAGUCGGGGAGAGAAAAGCUCCUGAUUUUGUUGUUCUACUCUCAUUAGGGUUUUUUUUUUUUUUUUUUUUUUUUUUUUUUGUUGUUUCAGUUUACUGGUCUAUAGACUACAGAUCUAGUGUCUUGGGUAAAGUCGUCAUAUUCCAGGACUAAAAACUUCUGCUACAUCUGAAAUUCUCCUCCUUGAGUUUAUUUAUUCAUUUUUUAGUGAUUAGGAAAAUUUGUAACCAA